GUGUGUGUAGCUGAUGGUUAUAGAUGGUGUCUGUGUGUGUAGCUGAUGGUUAUAGAUGGUGUCUGUGUGUGUAGCUGAUGGUUAUAGAUGGUGUCUGUGUGUGUAGCUGAUGGUUAUAGAUGGACAGCAGUUGUCUGUCUGACUGUGUGUGUAGCUGAUGGUUAUAGAUGGACAGCAGUUGUCUGUCUGUCUGUGUGUGUAGCUGAUGGUUAUAGAUGGUGUCUGUGUGUGUAGCUGAUGGUUAUAGAUGGUGUCUGUGUGUGUAGCUGAUGGUUAUAGAUGGUGUCUGUGUGUGUAGCUGAUGGUUAUAGAUGGUGUCUGUGUGUGUAGCUGAUGGUUAUAGAUGGUGUCUGUGUGUGUAGCUGAUGGUUAUAGAUGGUGUCUGUGUGUGUAGCUGAUGGUUAUAGAUGGACAGCAGUUGAGGAGAGAUCCAGCUGCUGUGAUGGAGGAGGUCCAGAAGGUCCUGGGGAUUACUCCUCACUACAACUACACACAGACUCUACGGUUUGACCAGCAGACAGGUUUGUGGUGUCAGCUUUUAGAUGGGGGGAAGACGAAGUGUUUGUGGAGUAAAGGAUUGGAGUAUCCUCCUAUGGAACCAGAGGCACGGUCCUACCUGUCCAGGUAUUAUAGGGAACACAACAUAGACCUGUCCAAGCUGCUCCACCGGCUGGGUCAGCCUCUCCCCUCCUGGCUGAGAGAGGAACUACAGAAGGUCAGUUAACAGGGUUAGAGGUCAGAGUUCAGGGGACACCGGCUGGGUCAGCCUCUCCCCUCCUGGCUGAGAGAGGAACUACAGAAGGUCAGAUAACCUCUAACCCUACCAGCAGCCCAGGUUCAUAGGUCAGGUGUUAAGGGUCGGGGACCAUUAAGAGGAAGAGGGCGUGACCUUUCUGUGACCUCCCAACCCCGUGGUGAAGCUGAGGAUGGAAGAGAGAUCAUGAACUAUGAACAAUGAACUCUGUCCUGGCUUGACCUCACAGAGGAGAAGAGAUACUAGAUCACUGAUAACUGGAUAUCUUGGUCUCUGAACUCAGAGAGAUUGGAGGGAUGACUGACCUCUGGAACAGAACUGUGUUUCAGUUAAUGGACUGGAGAGACCUAUAGCCCAGUCUCCAUCCACCUCCCUCUCUUCUUCUUUCUCUCCAUCCUUCUCCCUCUCUUCUUCUCUCUCUCCAUCCCUCCUCAGCCUCUCUCCAUCCUUCUCCCUCUCUUCUUCUCUCUCUUCAUCCCUCCUCUGCCACUCUCCAUCCUUCUCCCUCUCUUCUUCUCUCUCUCCAUCUACCUCCCUCUCUUCUUCUCUCUCUCCAUCCUUCUCCCUCUCUUCUUCUCUCUCUUCAUCCCUCCUCAGCCUCUCUCCAUCUACCUCCCUCU